AUGCUGCGUGAGGGGCACCCAAACAGCCAGCAGUGGCAGCUAACCAUCGCCGGUCAACGUUUGCACAAACAACUGGACGACGCUGGAAACGAGGGACAGCGGUACAGUCCCGCCAGUAUACUUAUCCCUCGCAGACUCGGAAAGAAUACAGGCAGCAUACCACAUUACCCGCGUGCAUGCGUCUCCGUUCCCUGUGAUAGAAUUCCACGUGCAGCACCUGUACCAACAAAUGCCAACCUGAAGCACAUCCCCGGACCUGUGAAAACGGAAUGA